AUGUCUCUUCCCGAGCGACCGGGCGGUAGCCCGGUCUACGAACAUCGGAACCUCUAUAGAAAUUCGCCUUCUCGACGCCAUCGCCCCAGUGACAUAGAGACGGGCUUUCAACCUGUGCCAAGAGCAAGACAUGAACAUGGGAAAUCCGUGUCCUCCUACGCCGAGACUAUUCCGAACCCUAACGCCAAUACAGAGACACUUCCUCUGUCACCGACGUAUCCUGCAACCUCUCCUCCGCCGCACGGCUCAGGCCAACCUUUCAGUCGCAAAAGGAGUCUGAUUCGGCCAGAGCGCAACAGGAUUGGCAAGGACCACAGAAACUACCAUUAUCACAAGCAUGCGGCCAACAUGGAGACCAUGCCCUCGUCGACCGGCAACGACCCCAUCUUGGAAAAUGUCGAUGACUCAACCGAGCGAUCGGGAGGCUCCCAAACUCACGGAAGCUUUGCCGAUAGCUCUCCGCCGCGUGACCAACAUAGCCCAAAGGCCAGCGGCGGUGACCAAGAGAAGGGCAACGUUCGCGUCAAGUCGCGCACGCACCGCCAAAAGUCGGGCAAGAUCACCAAAGAGAGUAGGCAUAGAAAGUCGCGUAAGAACGCUGCCGUGCCCGAACAGAUUAGACCUCUGAGUGCUUGGAACGUUUACUGCGCUAUCGUGACAUUUUGGUGCCCCGACUUCAUAUUGAAGUGCUGCGGCAAGCCCACAAAGGCUCAGCGCCGAGCCUGGCGAGAGAAAAUGGGACUCAUCAGCAUCAUCCUCGCCAUCAUGGCCAUCGUUGGUUUUCUCACCUUUGGUUUCACCGCUACUGUGUGUAGUGCACCUCCCGAGCGAUUGAGGGUCAACAAGGUGACGGGUGGCUACAUGAUCUUUCAUGGUGUCGCGUACGACCUGUCUACCUCGCAUCAUCCUCCGGCUGAAGGCAUUCCUCUCCGACAAGAUGGUACGGGCGCUAACGUUUUAUUCGACUUGCCUGAGAAGCAUUCGGGACAGGAUGGCAGUUUUCUCUUCCAAAACGUCAACGGCCACUGCAAGGGCCUCAUCAACAAGGCUCAGGAUUCCGACGUUCCAACCAAUUCCAACAAUGAGCUGGCCUGGUACUUUCCCUGCACAACGUUCAACCAAGACGGGUCCAGCCGUCCCAACUUCACCGACCCGUACUAUUUGGGCUAUGCCUGUCACACCAGCGCCAAUGCCCGAAACGCCUUUUACGUGGGCCUGAAGGGAGCCGCCGACGUUUACUUCACCUGGGACGAUAUUCGCAAUAGCUCCCGCAACCUCGUCGUCUAUUCUGGUAGCGUGCUGGACCUUAACCUACUCAACUGGUUCAACGAGAGUCAGAUCAGCGUCCCCGAUCGAUUCAAGGUCUUGCGAGACCAAGACAACGCAGUCAACAAGGCCAUUCGUGGUCGCGAUGUCACCCGAAUGUUCCAGUCCCCCGGCGAUAAGAAAAUUGCUCAAUGCCUUGAGGAGAUCACCCGAGUCGGAUUCGUUGACACCGAGACUGUCGGUUGCAUCGCUUCCAAAGUUGUGCUUUACUGCGCUCUUAUUCUGAUUCUGUCCGUUGUCGGAACCCGUUUUGUCUUGGCCCUGAUUUUCCAGUGGUUUAUCAGCCGCAAAUACGCCGCCGCAAAGACGUCGCAGACUUCCGAUCGCAGAAAGCGCGCCAAGCAGAUUGAGGACUGGUCGGAGGAUAUUUACCGUGCACCAGCUCGGUUACCGGGCGAUGUCGGUAGCUCAACCAUGGGUUCUGAUAGAGCUAGCAAGCGAGUCUCGUCCUUCCUGCCCACAACGUCUCGAUUCUCUGCCGUCUACGGAUCUGAUCGUGCAACGGGAGCCAGACGCCUCCCCACCACCAUGUCUAGUCGAGGACCCGGAAGCACUCUGCUCAACCCCAACUCCAUCUAUAGACAAGGCAACGACAGCCGUGCCAGCUUCUUACGCUCCGAUCCGUAUACCAGUACUGCCAGUCCCUCUGACGGCCCCGGUCCCGCUGGAUUCAUCCACGACUCAGUCGUUCCCCAGCCACCAUCCGACUGGAUGCCAUUUGGAUUCCCCCUGGCCCACACUAUGUGCCUGGUUACGGCCUAUUCGGAAGGUGAAGAGGGUAUUCGGACGACCCUCGACUCCAUUGCCAUGACCGACUACCCAAACAGCCACAAGGCGAUUGUGGUCAUAUGUGACGGCAUCAUCAAGGGCAAGGGCGAAGCCGUCUCUACUCCGGAUGUCUGCUUGGGCAUGAUGAGGGACCAUUCGACUCCUCCCGACAUGGUUGAGUCAUUCUCCUACGUGGCCGUUGCCAGCGGCUCAAAACGUCACAACAUGGCCAAGGUCUAUUGCGGCUUCUACGACUACGGCAGCAAGAGCCGUAUCCCUGUCGAGAAGCAGCAGCGCGUGCCCAUGAUGCUGAUUGUCAAGUGCGGUACCCCUGACGAGGCUGACAAUGCCAAGCCUGGCAACCGUGGCAAGCGAGACAGUCAAAUCAUUCUCAUGUCCUUUCUCCAAAAGGUCAUGUUUGACGAGCGAAUGACAGAACUCGAGUACGAAAUGUUCAACGGUCUGUGGAAGGUCACUGGUAUCUCGCCCGACUACUAUGAAAUAGUGCUCAUGGUCGAUGCUGAUACCAAGGUGUUCCCCGACAGCUUGACACACAUGGUAUCUGCCAUGGUUAAGGAUCCCGAGAUCAUGGGUCUGUGUGGUGAGACCAAGAUUGCCAACAAGCGAGACAGCUGGGUCACUGCCAUCCAGGUGUUUGAGUACUUCAUCUCCCACCACCUGGCCAAGUCGUUUGAGUCCGUCUUUGGCGGUGUCACCUGCUUGCCCGGCUGUUUCUGCAUGUACCGCAUCAAGGCCCCCAAGGGUGGGCAGAACUACUGGGUGCCUAUUCUCGCCAACCCCGACGUCGUGGAGCACUACUCUGAAAACGUGGUCGAAACGUUGCACGAGAAAAAUCUGUACCUGCUUGGGGAGGAUCGUUACUUGACGACUCUGAUGCUGCGCACGUUCCCCAAGCGAAAGCAGGUGUUUGUGCCCCAGGCUGUUUGCAAGACAACAGUACCCGACAAGUUCAUGGUCUUACUCUCCCAGCGGCGUCGCUGGAUCAACUCGACCAUUCACAACCUCAUGGAGCUUGUUCUGGUUCGCGACCUGUGCGGCACGUUCUGCUUCAGCAUGCAGUUUGUCGUUUUCAUUGAACUGGUCGGCACGCUGGUGCUACCGGCCGCCAUCGCCUUCACCUUUUAUGUUGUCAUCACAUCCAUCAUCCACUCGCCCCCGCAAAUCAUCCCGCUAGUAUUGCUCGCUCUUAUUCUAGGCCUUCCCGGCCUUCUCAUCCUCGUCACAGCCCACUCGUGGUCCUACGUCGUCUGGAUGCUGAUAUACCUGGUCUCCCUGCCCAUCUGGAACUUUGUUCUCCCGACAUAUGCCUUUUGGAAGUUUGACGACUUCUCCUGGGGCGACACGCGUAAGACGGCAGGAGACAAGGUCAAGAAGGGCGGCAUCGAAUACGAGGGCGAGUUUGACAGCAGCAAAAUCACCAUGAAGCGGUGGGCCGAGUUUGAGCGCGAAAAGCGCGCCAAGUCCGCCUACUUUGGCUCUGCGGAGAACGUGGUCGGCGCCCCGGGCGGCUGGGCCGUUGCUCCCACCCACUCCCAAGCCGAUGGCUACUACUCUGACGCGUAA